AUGUUUCCUGGUGUGGCGGUCAUUACCGGGGCAGGUGGAACAGGAAUCGGUGCUGCAACAGCCAAAGCCUUUGCGGCAGCAGGAUGUGAGAGAAUUGCCAUCACAGACCUCAAUGAAGAGACUUUGCAGAUGACAGCAGAGGCCGUUACUUCAACAUACCCCAAGACGAAACUCCUAGUGAAAGCUGGGAAUGUGGCAGAUGAUCAAUUUGCAGACGCAUUCAUCCACGCAGUCGUACAGCAGUUUGGCCGAGUUGACUACGCUGUCAACUGUGCGGGUGUUCUUGGAAAGCCUCUACGGUCGGUCGAAACGACACUCGAAGAAUUUGACCGUGUCAAUAAUAUCAAUUAUCGAGGCUGCUGGCUGUCUUCUCGAGCAGAGCUUAGACAGAUGGCGUCACAAAGUGAACUCCCAAGCCAUGAUCCCAGCCGUCCUGGUCAGCGUGGCUCGGUUGUGAAUGUUGCUAGUCAGUUGGGAAUCGUUAGCCGUCCCGGUGCUCCUGCAUACUGUGCGUCAAAAUCUGCUGUAAUCGGAAUGACCCGGGCAGAUGCUAUCGAUUAUUCUAAGGAUGGAAUCCGAGUCAAUUGUAUCUGCCCAGGUGUGAUUGAAACGCCACUCGUCAUGGAAAAGCCCGAGGUUCGCGCAGCCAUAACGCCGGCAGCAGAAAUUGCCCCGAUGAAGAGAAUGGGGAAGCCAGCAGAGGUUGCCGAUGCAAUUCUCUUCUUGUGUUCAACACAGGCUUCUUUUGUGCAGGGUCAUGCUAUGGUGGUAGACGGUGGAUAUGUUACUGUAUAA